CUGAACACUGAAGACACAGCAGAGUCCCAGGCAGCAUCAGUCCACAGCCGGCACAAUGAAGUCAGCGCUCAUCGCCCUCCUGGCCUGCCUGCUUGUCCUCUGUGCACAAGGGCAAAGGCAACCUAAAACUAAAUGCAAAUGUCUGGAUGGUGCCAUCGAUCAUAUCAACCCAAAACUCAUCACGGAUUGUCAGGGAUACGACUCAAGUCCUUUCUGUCCAAAGGCAGAGCUUAUUGUUGUGACAAAGGAUACCAAGAAAUGUGUGAAUCCAGAGUCCCCAUUUGGCAAGCGGAUCUUUCAGAGAUGUAAGGACAGGGUCAAUGGUGUGAGCCCCAACACUCCCAGCCAGCCAGCAGCAGUGACCGUGACCUCAUCAGCCACCCCCACAACAUCUAAGCUGUAGCUCUGUGGGAGAACAAUCACCUCAGCCUUUGCACUGAAGACGGGAUUACGCCACUGAAGGACUUUUCAUCAGGAGAAGCAACAUUUCCAAAGUCUUGUAGCAAGUGGAUUACACUGUCCACAACAUUUUCCAUGGCCAGUUUGGUUCUCUUCACUGAAAAAUUCCAUGUACAUAUCUAGUAAAUAAUUUGUAUAUUUGUAUAUUUAUAUAAUCUGUGAAGUGUUGGUCUGACUUUUUUUAUCUGACUACUUUCCUAUUUUCUAAACA